GCCUUCCCGAUCUAACCAGAAGCAUGCAUAUAGCAGUCCUUCUGACCUCCGAAGCUAUAUCAAAAAGUCCUAUAUAUACACACACCAAAGACCGCUAAGGGGCUUGGAUUUGAACCGGAUGGAUACAUUUCCGAAACAAAUUACCAACGACUUCAAGGUUGCUGAAACGGGAAGCGCCAUCGAUAACGACUAUGAGCUACAUUGUCUCUCUCAAUUAGUCUCCUCAUCAUCGACUCGACAGUUACUGAUUGUUGCUGCUCGUAACAGCUCUGACCACUUUAAGACAAGAGUCUUGGUACCGCUGCAAUAGAAAGUAAGCAAAAGUUGUGGACCUAUAGGAAUCCCACACGAUAUUCUUGGCACAAGCUAGUUUCUGGCGAUCGCGUGCUUGGCAAAACGACUUACCGGCUCAAGGGCAAUCUGGCUUCUCCUCGCAAUCUUUCACAGGCUGUUCUGGCAAACUUUCUGACCGAACCUGACGACAUGGUCAUCUGUGAACUCGGGCGUCCAGGAAAUACAUAAGCGACGCAAUGAUUGCAGUCCGGCUUUUCAAAUCACUCCUACUUUUCCCUCCCUCCACUCCCCAUGGCCACCGAGCUCCAGUAUACCUCUCUCGAUGAGCUCAAGAGCAUUUAUGAUCGACUUUCUGCUACAUACAAAUCAGGAGUAACGCGUCCUGUGGCUUAUCGUCGCAAGCAAUUGAUACAGCUUGCACGCCUCAUGCAAGAUAACCAAAAUGCUCUUGAGGAAGCUCAACUAGCAGAUCUCGGAAAACCUCGCUUCGAGGUCAGCUUCGCAGAAGUUUCACCAGUAAUUCAGUCCGCUCUGCAUGCCAUAGAACACGUGGAAGAAUGGGCUCGACCCGAGAAACCCGAAGUGGAGGCGUGGAGGAGCUCUUGGGAUACGACCGUCUACAAGGUCCCCAAGGGUGUUGCUCUAAUUAUAUCGCCGUACAACUACCCUUACAUUCUCUCCUUCAACCCCAUGAUCGGGGCUAUUGCAGCUGGUUGCCCAGUUGUCCUCAAGCCCUCCGAAGCGGUUCCCAACUGCGCUGCCCUCCUUGCCAAGUUACUUCCCAAAUAUCUUGAUCCUAACGCGUACGCCGUUGUCAAUGGUGGACCCACCGAAACUACUACCGUCCUUGGUUUCCGAUGGGCACACAUUUUCUUCACCGGCGGUAUCAAAGUGGGACAAAUUGUCGCCACGGCCGCCGCAAAACAUAUCACGCCUGUCACUUUAGAGCUUGGCGGCAAGAGUCCUGUUAUCGUUGAUACCGACUGUGAUGUAGAUCUUGCCGCAAAGCGAACUUUGUACGGCAAGUUACAGAAUAUUGGUCAGCUUUGUGUCUCGCCGGAUUAUGUCCUCGUUCCUCGUUCGAUAGCACCGGCUUUCCGCGAGUCUCUUGCAAAGUGGCAUAAGGAUUUCUGGCCUGAGACUCCUCUUCACCCGUCGUCACAGUGGGGCAAAAUGGUCAACUCUGCGCAUUACAAGCGGGUGAAAGGAUUGAUUGAGAGGAGCAACGGUCAAGUUAUCUUGGGAGGUGAUGUAGAUGAGAAGCGCAUUUCUCUCACCGUCGUUUCUGGCGUUUCCGGGAAUGAUUCUUUGAUGCAAGAGGAGAACUUCGGACCUGUCCUGCCAAUCAUUGAAGUCGAGAACGUAGAUGAGGCAAUUGAAUUUGUUGCUGAGCGACCGAUUCCACUCGUUCUCUAUGCAUUCACCCGAAGCGAAGAAACGAAGCAGAAACUGAUCGAAAAGACCAAUAGUGGCCGUCUUGCUCUCAAUGAUACCUUCACUAUGCUUGCCGCUCAUGAAAUACCCUUCGGCGGUCACGGUCAUUCUGGAUAUGGUUCUUACUAUGGUCAAGAAACGUUUGAGACUUUCACUCACCGGAGGGGUUUCACAAACGUUCCGCCCGAGAUGGAGCCCGCUUUCGGAUUGAGAUACCCUCCAUAUACUGAAGAGAAGUACAAAGCUAUGACUGCAGGGGUGCACACUCCAAUUCCCAAGAAAUAGGUUUCGCGGGUGGUUUUGUGCAAACUCUGAGGCCUGAGGAGCCAAAGAGAGAAGCAAUAUCUCUGUGCCAGCCUGGUCGCUUGUAUAGUGAAAUAACCGUAAUCUUGUGUAUAAUACCUACCUAAUUUUUUGCGUUCUUCUCCUUUAUGGCCCGAGUCACUGUGUGAUGUCGAGUCGAACGUGAUACUGUACUUACGGGUGCAAAAACGAAAAUCAAGCGGG